CACUUCGAACUCAAAUUGCAUCUCUCCAUAGCCAUCAAAAUAUCUCAUGGCACUUCAACCCACCAGGAGCUCCACAUAUGGGUGGAUUAUGGGAAGCAGGCGUAAAAAGUCUAAAAACCCACCUAAAAAAGAUCGCAAAACUACAAAAAUUCACGUUCGAAGAAUUUGCUACCCUAUUGACCCGCAUUGAAAGCUGUUUAAACUCUCGACCCAUAAGCCCCAUAAGUGAUGACUCAACAAGCUUGGAACCUCUAACUCCAGGACACUUCCUUAUAGGUACCCCAUUGCUAACCCCUGCCGAACCCAAUUUAGAGGAUGCAAAUUUAAGCAUCGUUAACAGAUGGCAGAAACUAAAAAUACUCUACCAGCACAUUUGCAAGAGAUGGAAGGAAGAGUACCUUAAGGAACUACACAAGCGAUAUAAAUGGAAAUACCCACAUCGUAAUGUUGAAGUUAACGACUUAGUCGUUAUAAGAAACGACAAUACUUCACCCAACGAAUGGAAGCUCGGUCGAAUCCAAAAGGUCUUCCCCGGCUUAGACCAUAAAACACGAGUGGUUGAAAUCCGAACUGCUCAAGGCACAGUAACCCGCCCCAUCACAAAAAUUGUGAUAUUAAAUACAGAAUAACAUACAAGUUUUCUCUUCUUUUUUAGUGAAAUGGCCCCAACAAUCACCAACUCACCCAAACCUCGUCGUAUAAGUUCAACAAUUGCCAUCCGGUCCCGUAGCGCAACCCGUAGCAUUACACCGAUUUCGGAAGACGAAACGAUGUCACGACGCAUUCAACGUUUCAAGUCGACCCUUCCCACGAUUCGCGAGGAAAAGGAACGUGAUGAUCACACAACCCGCAGAACGAUCUCACAUAAGAGAAAAAAUACGUCAUCCCGUCAUGUCGCUUGCGGCAUAUGCAAAAAAGACCACCGUCUAGUGACUUGCGCUACGUACUCGGGAUACAAUAUAAAUAAAAAAUACGAAGCAGUAAUAAAACACCGCUACUGCGUUAAUUGCUUAGCCAGGUCGCAUAAGACGGAAGGAUGCACAAGCAAAAAUCGAUGUUCAAUUUGUCACGGGAAACAUCACUCAUCCCUACACGGACAUCCGAGGCUAUACCCGGCCAACGAUGCAAAUACUGUUGAGAAACAUCCACUUGCGCUAGAGACCCGAUUACCAUCCUUACUGGCUAAGCAGACCCUAGUACCCACAUUGAAGAUACGAUUAAGAUGCGAUGGUGAAUGGCAUAAAGUUCGAGCCAUUUUAAACCCUACCCUCAAAAUCACGAAUAUAGCAGCUGAACUCGUCAAACACUUAAAACUGCCAAUUACAUACCUCAACACGUAUCGUAUUUGUAGCAUACAAAUCAGCUCAAAUAAUGACACAAAGUUUGCUCUGGAAUGUAACGCAGUUAUCACCCACAAGCUACCCAAAAAACCCUAUGAGCGAGAUCUAAGCGACGAUGUGCAAAUGCGCUUUGAACACUUGGUUCUCGCUGACCCUCAAUUCCACAGCAACAAAGAGUUAACGUUGGAGAUUGGAGCGGAUAUGUACCCUCAAAUUAUCAGAAGUGGACUCUUCAAACCCGAUAACAGUACGGUGGUAGCGCAGAAUACAGCAUUUGGCUGGACCCUUACUGGCACCAUCUAACCAUAAAUUCUGCAAGGUGGCCGGGAUGUUUAAUCCAAACAAAUACACCUCUGCAUUACUCCCACAAAUUACAAAAAGUAAUAGAGGCGUAAUGUAGAGGAGUAUAAACCGCCCCAACUUCACGCAACAGGCGAAAAAGGAGGAAUGAAGGAGACGAUUUUCCCGCGCUUUCACCAAAAAGGCUAAUAUUAUCCCGCCAGCAGCAGCGAUAUAACACAAUACAUAGCGAACAUAUAAGCGACAACAAGUGAAAUACACAGUGAAUACAAAACAUAAGUGAAUACGAGGAAAACAUUCAGUGAAAUUAUACAAAGUGAACAAUUACAUAUAUCGGGUCAAUAGUACAAACACGGAUAAAUACAGCGGUGACAAUUCCUAGUCAAGUGGACAAACAUUGGAGAAACCAUCAAACCGGCACGUUCAAUCAACAACAACAACACAGGAUAUAAAGUCGCAGCAGGUUACAAUAAUUUACUAAACUAACAUAGAUUUACAUAUAUGUAUAAAGUAACACAAUUAGUUAUUGUUAAUAACACAUACACACACCCAUAUACAUAUUUAUAUAUACACGAUUAAAUCAGCAUUUUUUAUAACGUUUGAACUCCAAUUAAUCGUCUUUUUAAUUAUCCGAAAUCGGCCCCAUACGUCGACAUACCCCGACAAUGCCCAUAUUACGAGUACUAAACAAAGAAGCGCAUUGUAACAUAUUCUAAAACCUAUCCUCUAAUAGAUUUAAGUCAUGGUAACAUUAUAAUCUACGGAACGCAUAAAGUAAAUAACAAAACCAUGAAAGGAAUUAACCUAGUUCAAUUCAAUUUAUCUGUAGAAAUUAAUUCCGAAUAUUAUCAUAACCAGGACCAAGAGGUAAAAGAAUUCAUCGAAUCCCAAGGAUAUGAAAGAAUUCAUGUAUUAGAAAUGUUGGAAUCACAAUCAAAAUAUCAAUUUGACAACAUUUAGAAAUUAAACAAAUUAAUAAUUCCAUUCGAAGAACACCCCAUUAGAAAUAUAUUUAUGUUGAUAACAACAAUAAUAAUUAUCGGGUUAAGUAUAUACAUAGCUUACAAAUUUUAUAUGAUGUAUCAGAAAAUGAAAUAUAUAAAAAAUUAUAAUCAUGCUCUCACAAAUGCCCUAUCAACCAGGAAAGUAAAUUGUAGAUCAGGAGAUUUUUUUUUACAAAAUCCCAGUUAAUGUACAUAUCAACCUAAGUACAGUCGACAUUACACACAAACUAUACCACACCCAAUUGUUAAGUGAUCACAACGGAAACCGAGACAUUCUAGAGUCUUA